CCUCACUUGCUCCCCUUGACAUGCGCGUGUGUGUAUAUAUAGUCCAAGGAGAGAACCUAUCGGCCUGGGUUUUGGGGGAUUCCAUUGCGUCCGGUCCGUCGAGAGGGGAGAUGGAGAGGGGCAACGAGGCGCCGGGGAAGAAGGCGAGGAAGCCCUACACCAUGACCAAGCCCCGGGAGCCAUGGAGCGCCGAGGAGCACGGCCGGUUCCUCGACGCGCUGCUCAUGUUCGGCCGCGACUGGAAGAAGAUCGAGGAGCACGUCCGCACCAAGACCACCAUACAGAUACGGAGCCACGCGCAGAAGUACUUCCUCAAGGUCCAGAAGCUCGGCCUGGCCGCCGGGCUGCCGCCGGCGCACCCGCGCCGCCGGUUCACCAUGAUGGAGCAGCAGAACUCGGCGGCCGGGAGCAGCGCGGCCGCCGUGCCGUUGCUGCACGGGGAGCCCCACAGCGCGCCGGUCGCCGUGCCAGGUCCGUCCGACGCCGUUGCUCACGGCUGCAUCGGCUGGAACAGCCCCGGAGAUCUCCCUGCAGACGGCAGCAGUGAGAUGCGAUGCUUGGACUGGGCAGGCGUUUCAGCUUCAGGGAUUCCAGCGUGGCUGAACAGUGACGCACAGAGCCAGAUUGCACCACCUGCAACACUUCCCGGUGGCAGCCAGUUCAUUGGGGCUCCAAGCUUCGGCAGUACGAGCAUGGUUUGGGCUGGCAGCAGCACAAGCGGAGGAUCAGCGAUUGAUUCUGUGCAGGAUGAAGAUGAACAGAUUGAGCUUCCAUUGUCGCCAGAUGAUCUGCAUUUCGCGCAAGUGUACAGGUUCGUCGGCGACGUAUUCGACCCGAACACGCCGAUCCCAGUUGAAGCCCAUCUGCAGAAGCUCAAGGACAUGGAUGACAUCACGGUCAAGACGAUCUUGCUGGUGCUGAGAAAUCUCGAGACCAACCUGUCAGCACUUCAGUUUGAGCCCAUCAGAAGGUUGCUGUCGACUUAUGACCCGAGAAGAGGGCUGUUUGGCCAAUUGUAGAGUGCAUACAGCCUGGAAAAUGAAACCUGCAACCAACACAUUUGAUGGACGUUCAGGCGUUCCAACCAAAAGAGAGGAGACUGAAGCGCACAGAAAUGGUUAAACACCAACAUUUUUUUUUGGAGGGGAAUGGUUAAACACCAACAUGCCCUCUAGUUUGGUUAAUGAUCGUUUGUGAAAGGCUCUGCUCUUUAACAUGUAUACCUGCAGCUGCAGAUAGCCAAAGUACAGCACGUUCUCUUACUGUCCUCUGUGACUGUAAAUUCCAGGCUGCAGAUUUUACAGAUUUA